GACAAAGAGCGGUAGCAUGUCGGAAAGAAGGGCAAACUUACCCUACCUGUGAAUGAAGGGAGACAACUAGUGGCGCGUGAUAUGUAUCGCCCUCAAAGACGAAUGCAGUAGUUUUGUUAUGUAUCCGCCACCGCCAGGUAUCAGUGCUCUCCAUGGACUGACGGUGCUUAAUUAUAGCCUACUGAAAUACUGUAUAUCUGAAUUGUCGGCUGUAGCAAUAGGUGAACCAGGCUACUUACUACCUGCCCCUUAACAUAUACUCACUUGCAAUUCCUCAUGACAAAAUUAAUAGAGUAAUGUUACGCUGGAUGUAAAAAAAAAAAAAAAAAAAAAAAACUGCUGCUGAGGUCAGUAAGUGUGUAAGCACUCACAAAUCUUCUUAAGAUUCCAUUUCUUGUUCAGGGGGGAUAUCUGAAUAGCUCGUGCUUCCAGAAAACUGCAUGGACACAGGCACGACAAAACACCGAAGGUUGCAGAUGCCAGUAAAGCAGGUCGAUUGAAUUAACCGGUGGUUGGACUGAAACACUUUGGUUUCAAUAAAGGGAACGCAAGUAUGUAUCAUUGUCUGUUUUACGACCACGCAAGUCAUGCUAUCCAAGCUCUGGGCUUCCGCUGUAUGUUUCUUACUAUUUUGUCUUAUAACUGAAGCAAAGAGAGACUACUACGACAUUAUCGACGUGCCACAAUCAGCAAGCGAGCGCCAGAUCAAAAAGGCCUUUCAUAAACUGGCAAUGAAGUACCACCCAGACAAGAACAACAGUCCCGAUGCUGAGGUGAUCUUUAGGGAAAUCGUUGAAGCAUAUGAGGUCCUCUCCAAUGAUGUGAAGCGGCGACGUUAUGAUGAACUCGGUCACAAGGUCUUCAAGGAAGGCUCCAAGGACGAGACCACAUUUGACUCAAACAUUUUCCAAUUCAGCUUUGAGGAAUUCUUCCAAGGUCUGGGGUUGGAAGAUGACCGGUUCUUGGACUCCCCCGAGGAUGCUUGGAGCUUUCAGAUGGGGGAUGUUGAUGAAGGUGACAUGCAUCAGGGAGGGAGUUUUUUUGACAGUGACUUCUUUUCUUUUUUUGGAGGUGAUUUUAACGAGAUGAGCUUAGACCACAGAGAGGAUGGCUUUCAAGACCCAGAGCCAAGCUUCUGCUGGAUAAAAACACUUUCGGAUGGCAGCAUCACCAGAGUUUGUGAGGAGGAUUAACUGCUGUCUUGACAAAGGGCAUCUUAAUUGUACUUAUACAUAAUUAAUUUGCCUAAAUUCUAUAUCGCCACAUCAGUAAUUCUUAUUUAGUUGGGCUGUAUACGGUAAUAUAUUGCACUAUGCCGUAAAAAUUCUGCCGUGGGAGGAAGUAUAAUAGUUUGGAUGCUGGGUUAAUAAUUCAUAGAAUACUGAUGUAAAUCUCCAAUGGGACACUGCUGUUAUGCUCUUGAGCAAACUGUUCAACCUGUAUUGCUUUUGUUUAUAUCUAGUUAUACAAAUGUAUAGUAUGUAACUUUAGCUUUGCAAGUUACUCUGUAUAAGGGUGUCUGCUAAACAAAUAAACCAUAUAAAAUGCACAAUAAAUGAGUACUACCAUUCUGGUAAUUUGUUGAGUGGAAAUGUUUAGAGACUGGAACCCAAUAGAUAGUCGACAAUCCUUCCCUUGAGGUGUACUAUUGGGUAAACUUAGUUACAGAAUAACAUGUUACUACCAUUCACAUCUGCAAAUUUCAUUACACUAGCACUUUGAUUGCUCUCUCACGGGACUGACAUGCACUUUGACCACUGAAAUUUCUGGCUCGCCUCAACAACACUCCAGCAACUAGAGCUUUUUGCCUACAGCACUGAAAGGAACAAAGCCAAACUAUUCAUUUGUUUAUAUAUUUACUUGCAAUCGCAGGAGACCUAUAUCUCCAGUAGCUGAAGAUUUCUACUUUUCUUAAAUGAUGGAGGAGGCAACUGAAACGGUGAGACCUGUCCAGAGCAUUAGCAUUCCCAGUAUCAGGGUGACUGAAGCCAUGAAGAAUGAAGACUCGCUGGUCUUUGUUGUGAGGGCCCAGGAGUUGUCUGGCAACCAGGAACAUCGAGUUGAAAGGACAUUCGAGGAUUUUGAGUGGCUGCAGCACUGCCUGUUCACACAGGAUGACGUCCCAGGGCUGCAAGGAGUCAUAUUUCCACCGCUACCCCCAAAGCCUGCUCAUUCUCAAUCAAACUUACAGCCAAAGGUUCUUCGGCAGCUUGGUUUCCUGGCGCUGGGGGAGGAUUGGAAACCCUACUGCAUUGCCCUGCAGAAAUAUCUCCAGCAGGUGGCAGCACACUCCACGCUUGGGACCAACACGGCCUGGCCCAGUUUCCUCACACACACAGAUCCCCCUGGGAAGCAGCGAAUGAGGAAAGGGCUCUUUAGUUGGCUCAGCCAGGCAGUGGAGGAGAAGAGGAAGGAGAAUCGUAAGGAUGUAGAUGAUUUUUUUCAGACUGAGAGAGAUGACAACUUGACUCUCGUGGGGCUCACCAGAACAGCAGCGGAGAAAUUCCUCGAUAUGGUGCUGACAGAACAGAAAAUUGCUGUGGCAUGUGGACACUUUUCCACUUCUUUGCACCUGGUCAUUGGGCAAGAAGAAGAUCCCAUUUUAGUGGCUUUUUCAAAGAUGUGCCUGAAGCUGUCUGAGGUUAUUGACGUUGUCAAGAAAAACUUUGAAAGUGUUGCUGACAACAACAUCUACACAUUAGGCCUGGCCCUGGACCUGAAUUUACGCUAUCAAGAGGCGAAGAAGGAAAUGCUCUUCCGAAGGACCUGUAAACUGGUGGAGUUAGAGAAUGCCAACAGGAAUGCAGAGAAAGCCAAAUCGAUCAAGAAAGCAACAAUGGAAGAAAUUAAAAAGUCUGCUGAAAAGGACUUUGACCACAUUUCUGCCGUGGCUAAGCUGGAGAUUGAGAAGUUUCACAGGAUGCGGGUGGAGGUGUUUCAGCAGUCGCUGGUGGAGUGGUGCGAGAGCCAGCUCAGCACUGCCAGGGAGCGCUGUGUCCUCCUCACCCAGCAACUCACGGCCUUCAGGCUGCUGGCCACAGAGUAGCUGUAGCACAGCACAGGCCACGCCCCUUCCAGGGCACACCCCUUCCAGACCAGGAUAAUCUGCUCCCAUUCAAUCACACCACCAGACAAUUGCUAUGACUUUAAACUCAUGAGAAUAAUACUGUUGUCCUGAACCUGCCUAGCUACCAGUCUUGCACUGGGGUUAAUGAAAGCCUCUGUCCCUAAGGCUUGAGACACACCAUUGUGCUUGUUCUUGUGGUUUAUUUGUGUUAUAUAUAGUCCUUCCCAUACAACAAUGCUUUCAUCUUUACCUGUCCGGUAUAUCUCUGCAUAUGUGUGCAGGUGAGAGGGACAAGCUGCUCUGCUGUGGUCUACUCCCAUGCGUGUUGAGGGCACCGUGGCUAUCCUUCCCCACAGUCCGAUCAGCAGACAGAAUUGUGAUAAAUUGAUUGCCGCGCUGUAGAUUUUUUCUGUUCUCUGGGUCCUCUGUUUGGAAUCCUCGUGCAAUUAAUCAGCCUGCUUUAGGCACUUUCCAAGGACACGGGCCUUCUCAAUGCUGACACUGUAAGCGUAAUUGCCGCAUUCUGUUUCCAUACACGCAAACCGUAUGCUGCCUUAUAGCACAGGAAACCA